AUGAAAAUGAUCAACUGGGUAAGAGUCUCGCAGAAACUCUGGUCUCUGGAGAGGCUUUAGAAGAGGAGGCCGUGUUUUCUAUGAUUCAUCAGAAGCUGACAUCGCCAGAGUGUGCUCAUUACGGAUACGUACUGGAUGAUCUACCGACUUACGGCAGAACUUACCUAACUACUGAAGAGCAACUGAAUUAUAUUAAGACUCUCAAACUCACGCCAGAUGUUAUAGUGAGCAUUAAAAUUCCCGGUGAAGAUUUGCGCAAACGCAGGGAAGGGAUAAAGGUUGACCCACUGACUGGUGAAAAAUACGGUCUCCGCAACUACGAACCUGAACCUGCAAUACAGGAGGAGCCAAAAGAACCGAAUGUGAAGAUCUCGGCUGCGGUGGCAACUGAGCUUACAGAAACUACCGGAGGACCUGAAUUUGAUGUUGAUGACCCUGAGGCGUUGGAAGAAGAGGGCGGAAUGGCGAUGGAAUUGGGUCAUCCAGACUUUCCAAAAACAACUAGGGAGAUCAACGAAAGGCUGUUUGUUCAUAUUGAAGAUUUGCCGGAAACAAUUGAGAAAGACAGAUCAUACUACCGGCAGAAUGUGAAAUGUCACAUUAAAUCGUUCGUUUCCCGGCAGAGUCCACUGAAUGUUAUCGAAAUAGACGGUAAUCAGACACCCACAGAGCAGUUUUAUAAUCUGAUGACAAGAUUACAAGCAAUGAAUUUGUACCCGUCAGUAGCUCCGGUACGUUUUUUCUCCGCAGCCACCGAAGAGGAAGAAGUACCUGAGGAUAUGGAAACCGAUGAACUUUUCAAAACUCUUGCUACGCGUAAGAUGCCUGGGCCAAGAUGUAGAUGGAAACGAACAGCUUGGCAGCGAUUUUGUCCGGUAGCACUUUACCAGGGUUACUUGGCUCAGGGAAAGCCAGAAUUCACCGUAGGAUUUCUGGGCGGAAUUUACUGUAUGUCUUCGGCAGAGCAUUUGGCGUCGUUUAUGCUUAAUCCAAGACCGUAUCUACUGCCCCCACAACCUCGGCCACCGUUUCGUUUGAUGGUGGUUGGCUCGACUGCUUCAGGUAGAAGUUCUGUCAUUCGGAUGUUAGCUGAAUCAUACGGUGCUCGUGUGCUUGAUAUAAAUGAAACGCUUCAGAAGGAACACGAUAAAGUGAUGGCUCAACGGCUGGCAGAAGUGGCAGCCGAAACCGAGGCCGAAGUAAUCAAAGAACUCAAGGAGAGACGUGAGCAAGAAAUGCUGCAACUCAAAACCAAAAAAAUGCUCGAGGAUGCCACCGAUGGAGUGGUGGACACUGUAGCCUUGGAACUCGAACGAGAAGCCGUAGAUAUGCUUGCGGAAACAGCUGAUGAAACUGAGGCCGAUGGUGAAACCCUCGAGGUUCCAGAAGAGGAACUCAUCACGGUGCAUCCUCUAACUCCACUCUCAAGGCCCGUCAAAUCUCUCUACAUACCCGAACAUCUCCUACAACCGAUCGAUCGAAACCAUCACGAGGUUAAGGUUCGUGUAAGAGAUGCAGUGAAUAAAGCGAAGAAGAUUCCGGUAGAACUGGAUGUGGAUUUGUAUUUGAAUGAGGCUCGCAGUGGGAUUGAAGAAGCUGAAAAGAAGUUGCGGGAAGAAAACCCAACUGGACCUUUUCACGGAAACUGGAUUCUGGACGGAAUGCCUCUGCGAGCGGCUGUUUGGGAAAAUUUCAUUCAAAAAGCCCCUGAACUGGUUCCUGAUGUAGUCGUUUGUCUAAUGGACAGAAGUAAGGAUUCAGAGUUUAUUCUGCGCCGAUGGUACAAAUAUGAACGCGAAGGACUUAAAGGUACGGAUGGAUGCUGCUUCUGUAUAUUACUUUUGAUUUCUACGAUCACUGCACAACAAAUACGAACAAAAGAUUCGCUGUGGAAGUUGCUGUGUACUUUAACUAUGUCCGUAUUCUCUUCCUCUCAGCCAGAAGCACCGUUUACAGACAAAGAAGUUUCCGAAGACAUUGAGACGAUUCCCGCUGGAACUAGUGCUGGUACAGAUGAGAUGAAUAAACCCCAACUGGAUCCACUUCCUCCUGCCGGUCACCAAAGGGAUGGAGCCAUUGAAAAACUGAAGGAGGAUGCUGAUCAAUGGAAGAAAAGUAGGCAAUUACUGAGGGGACAUGUGAACGAAUAUGGAAUCUCAGUGGACGUUUUUGACGUCGACAUUGCUGAUAAAUCAUUUGACCAGCUGAGGGAUGAAGUUCUCAUUCACUUAAAAAGUCCUAAGAACGUAUUGUGUGUGAUUUUCAAUGUGACUGAUGUCAUACUUGCAAAUGCCUUGGUAAAGAAACAAAGAUCAACUGGUAUCUUUCCUUGUGUAGAGCCGUUCACGAUUCCACCUUUCGAGGUGUCGCAGGAAGACCUCGAAGAAGAGGAGGAAGAGGAUGCUGAAGCCUUUGAAGAGGAAGCGGAGGAAUUUGCCGAGGAAGUUGGUGAAGAGGAAGAGGAGGGAGAAGAAGGCGGGGAAGAGAGCAAUGAGAAAAUGGACGAAGGAGUAGAAGAAACAGAGGAGGAAGAAGAAAACACCAGUCGGAAUAUGAAUAAAAAACUUGGGCUGACAAGUUACUUCUGCCCAGUGACCUUGCAUGAUUAUGGUGUACUUCGAGCUGGUGAUCCCGAUGUUGGUGCAAUUUUCGACAACCUUGUGUACUACUUCUCAAGCGAGGAGGCAAGGGCAAGGUUUAUGGAGUCACCGGAAUCCAUUCUGUCCGAUGUGGAGCAUCCUAUUCACAUUCCCGCAUUGCGAAUUUUACUUCUCGGACCGCCUGGAUGCGGAAAAACGCUGCAUGGUCGCCAGCUAGCGACAACCCUAGACAUAUUCCACAUAAACUUCAACAAUAUUCUACAGGAAAUAGUUCUUCCAAAGGUGGGCAAGAAACUUGGCAAAGAAUACGAAGAUGAACAGCCUAUACCGGAUCUUGUCCUACCCAGCUUGGAAGAAGGUGUGACCCCAAGUUCAGCUGAUGGACCCACUACUGAAAAGUACAGCGAUAACAUUGGUUACGUGGGGGUGAAAGAAGAACUAACAGAGAACGAACGCAAUGUGGUAGAGUACUUGGUAAACGGUACGCCCUUGCCACCCGAAACCAUGGAAUGGAUUCUGGGGAAAUACUGGACUAAGGAACCGUACAAGUCGACCGGGUUCAUUCUUGAAGGGUUUCCAAUGUCAGCCGAUGAACUACAAUUUUUGGUUGAUUCCAAUUAUUUCCCGGACUUCGCAGUUGUUCUAAACACAGAUGUGGGUGAGGUGAUUAGUCGUCUACUUCCAGUCAGGCUUGAAUUCUGGCGGAAGCGCAUGGCCAAAAAAGCCGCUAAUGCAGCAGAGCUUAAAGCAUGGAAAGCCCGAAAGAAGGAAAUCACACGUGAGAAAAGGAGAAUAGAAAUUUUAGCCCAAUUGCAAGAGAGGCGUAAAAAUGCGCGGUCUGGCAGGGCUGCCUUAACUGGAGAAGAUGAGGAAGAACAACUGGAUGACGAAGUUGACAUCGAUGAACUCUUGGCGAAUGAAGACGAGGAACAGGGAGAGGAAAUGAAUGCGGAAGAAGAGGAAACAGAAGCUGAUACGAUCGACCGGCUGCGUGAUGAGAUUUCGGAGCGAUACGAAGAGAAAUCCGAUAAUCUGGCGGAAUUGCUUGAACAGCUGGACGAGCUUUCUAUUCCGAAAUUCGAAAUCGAAUCUGGUGGUAAAGUUACCUGGGCACGGUAUCGGUUGGUCAAACGCAUCAAUGCGUUUAUAGAAAACCGCUGUUCCUUGUUUGAACGUGUCUACCCGGUGUCACCUAAAGUUGCUGAACGUUUGAUCACAAAUGGAUACCGGUUCCCAAGUCGUUUCGGUCGAUGGUGUCCAGUUACCUUGCUUCUGCACAACGCACUGUUGCCUCCGCUGAUGGUACCAUUGAUGAAGACUGGGAACCCAAAGUACCUUCCCGCUCUUCCUGGCCUACCUGGCGUUACACUGCCCGUUUCCAAACCAAACACCUGUUGCGCUAUCUAUAAAGAAAAUAUUUACUGGUUUGCGAAUCAAGCAGCACGGACAGUGUUCAUGAAGAACCCUCUGAAAUUCGUUCGAGGAACGCCAGAUCCUCCCAUCCAUAUUCCUUUGCGGAUGGCAAUCGUUGGUGCACCUAAAACGGGAAAGACAACGCUCGCCAAAAGAUUGUGUCAAGAAUAUAAUGUGCCCAUAAUCACGGUGACUGAAGCGAUACGUUGGUACUUGACGGAUCCGAGUCACGCUUUUACCGCUGUGGCUGAGAACAUUCGACUUUAUAUGAGUGAAGGGAAGACAGUACCCGACAUAUUAGUUGCAAGCGUCAUACAGUCCUUGACCAGAAAUUCAAUUUACUCCACCCGGGGGUAUAUUUUAGACGGAUAUCCCUCGACCGUGGAACAGUGCCAGUCACUGUACACUUGUGGCAUACGUCCAUGUCUGAUGGUGGAACUAACUAGCGCAACUGAAGCUGAGAGACAAGAUUUAAUAUUGCGGGGAAUUAGGGAGACCGUCAAAGAGCCAGCUGAUAUUCCGACAGCAGUAGAAGACGAACAAGAACCUCAAAUGAGAAUACGACUAGAACAGGGAUUCCAGCGUCCCCUCCCAGAGUCAAACACGGCAGAAGAACUUUCGUUUAAAAUUAAUGCUUAUCACCACGCUGCUGAUUUCCGUCGAGACUGGGCCACUUCUCACCAAGGUCUGUUGGUAGAUUUGUGUGCGGUGGACAACCGCUGGUGCCUAUGGCGUCAGAUUCUACGCGUUGUUAGACAUCGUGUGGAUCAUCUACAGACAUAUAUGGCUAAUAUUCUUGAUGGGAAAGCAGCGUCAAUCGCAGAGUUGGGCAUCGAGGAACGUCACUUCAAAAUGCAUGCUAGCGAGUUCCUGCACUACUGUCCAGUUAGCUGGAAGGAGCGUGGAGAACUGGAAGAUACAAUCAAUGAACCAAAACACGACCUAGUUGUCGUGCUAAAUGUGGGCUUGUACCCGAAAGAAGAUCUUGUACAAUCCUGUGAUUCUAACAGUCAAUCUGUGGAGCAAGAUUUUCGUCAAACAAAUGAAGGGCAUGAUGCAAAUGGCAUAAGCAUUUCUAUUCCAACCUCCCUAAAGUUUGCUGCCGAGUAUCAAGGCCGGUACUACCGAAUGGCGGGGCCCGACGAGUUGGAAAAGUUUCUUUCACAGCCAGAAAACUACGUGCCACCACAGUCAGAUAAAUCUCUUCCGUCGGAAGAAAAGCUCCCUUUCAGGCUGCAAAGUGAUGCCAUUGAACUUAGCCGUGAUGCAUUUCCGAUGCAAGUGGCUCUCCGAGGCUAUUGUCCCGUGUGCUACAUAAACGGAAAUCAACGUUAUGAGGGGCUCAAACUUGGUGUAAGGGAAUACUUAGCCAGAUACGAUGCCGAAAUCUACACAUUUUGUUCAAACGAAUGUCUUCUAAAGUUUUUAAGAAAGCCGACAUCCUAUGAAAAUUUGAUCCUACCGCACAAACUGCCACCCAUGCCGUCGCCAAUCGAUGUGCGUUCAUUACCGUUACCCGGUUUCCUGGAACAAACUGUGGCUGUUGCGUUACAAAGGGCCCUAUCUGCGGCUGGUCAGCACCGCCCCAAGUUUCCAUUCCUGGGAAUUAAAAGAUCAGCUUUGAUCUAUCUCGGUUUGCACAUGAAAGCGUACAACCCACGGAGUGCUGAGCAGGAGAAAAAGAAAUAUCAACAGAAAUUGUCCGACUUUCUGGAUUCUUGCAGUUUGCCAAAAUGGCUGGCCAAAAACAUGCCGCUGCAGUUUCAACCGGAACACAAACGAACGCCCAAGUUCACUCCCAGACUGCAACAAUUUCUAGAACUCCAAAGUUUACAGGAUACGGUCCAUGAAUGGGUCAAAACUCCGGGUUGGCAAACGGUCAAACCAGCUUCUAGAGGUAUACGCUUCAGCCUAACCAACCCAUUUAACUUGAAAUAGAUGAUGGUACGACGCUCAAAGACAGCAUAAAGAACCCUGGUAUAUUUCGAUAAAAAAAAGAUUCCCCCUCUGAAAAGUGAUACGAAAACGUUUACUUUUCUCAAUGAUCAAAUAAAUAAAG